GCGUUCUCCGAAAGACAGCACAAAGGACCCGCGUGCGGUGAAGAGCUAACAGCAUUACUUAACGUUGCGCUGCGAAAACAGGCUGGCGUAGAGGCCCAGUCAAGAAUCCACGCUACCGCGAAGCCCUUCGAUAUUGCCCGGCUGGGACUCCUGCCAAGGCAAGCAGAGCGUCAUUGCGGGUGGAUAGGGUGAUGGACAAUUUGUCGGGCACUCCACGAGAGCGCCACUUCACGUGAGCCGUCAAACAGAGCUGAAGUGCCCUCCGCGAUUAUCGCACGCUUCCAAUCGCGUUCCUUCCCAGCGCGCCACUUACCCAGUUUCAGGGCUGAACAGGGAAACCGACACACCGUUCUUCGAAGAAAAGGAAGACUAAGGACAACAACGCAUUCUUGGUCGAUCCGCUAGAGCGGGUCUGAGCCACCAGGGCACAAAGCUCUACGACUAUUGCUUACGUGGGACUUCUAAAGGACCGCGUACCUUGUUCCGCAAGGAAACUGAAUUUAAAACCGCCGAACAUACGGAUAAGGGCUCUAUAUCUUGUACAUAUUAUAGAGCUUGACGGAAGAAAAGGAAAACAAAGACCAAAAUUACUCAGUUCAUCAAUUUAACCCGUGUAAAUUCCCAAUUCGCUUGAGUUCUGCUAACAAGCCGCCGUGCCAAGUGCAACUGUUCCUCCACAUUUGUGCUGCUCGCCGUCUUCCCCGCCGCAACUCGCGAAAAAGCACAACAAAGAUGACGUCCACCGAACCGUCCACGCAUCCCGUCGCAGUGAAGGUCUUCAUGGCCCUCGUAAAGGUCGUUUUGGUCGUCUACGACGUCGUCACCUUCCCGGUCUACUUCGUCCUCCAGCAGCCCUGGGUGUACUGGAAGAGAAAGAGCAUCUGCUACGCCAAGCCCGUCGUGGAGGGAGACCCGUCGUCACCCUAUCGUCGCCUGAACAGCAAGUCGAUCCCCAGCUUGGAGGGCGUCAAGACCUUGGACGAAAUGGCCCGUACGGCAAUCCGGCUGUACUCCCAGAGGCCUGCCGUGGGCGUCCGACCAGUGCUAGGCCACAACGAGGAGAAGCAGCCCAACGGCAAGGUCUUCCGGAAGCUCGUCCUGGGAGAGUACGAGUGGAAGACCUACGAGCAGUUUGACGGCCAGAUCGACCUGACGGCACGCGGUCUGCACUCGGUGGGUGCCAAACCCGGUCAGAACCUGGCCAUCUUGGCUGAGACGCGGGUCGAGUGGCUCCUGACUGCGCAGGCCUGUUUGCGCACCAACGUCCCGCUCGUGACGCUGUACGUGACGCUCACGAACGAAGGCAUCGUGAGCGCCAUCAACGAGACCGAAGCGACCCAUUUGGUCACGUCAGCCGACUUGCUGCCGCGCGUCCUCAGUGUUGUGAACAAGAUGCCUUCGCUGACGCACAUCGUGUGUAUGGAGAACGCCGACUCCAAGCCGCUAGAGCAAACGACCGAAGGUCCGCAGGUCGUCCCGUUCUCCAGUUUGGCGAAACGCGCCGAAAGUUGCGAGUUGCCCUCGACCCCGCCCACGCCGGAUGACGUGGCGAUCAUCAUGUUCACCAGCGGCUCGACCGGAACGCCCAAGGGCGUCAUGUUCACGCACGCCGGCCUGGUCUCGGCCGUGCACAGCUUCGCCGUGGGCUGCCAGCGCUUCGGCGUAUCAACCUGCAACGACACGUACGUCUCGUACCUACCUCUGGCACACAUGUUCGAACUGAUUGCCGAGCUACACCUCUUCGCCGUCGGCGCUCGCAUGGGCUUCUCGUCACCGCUGACGCUCACCGACAACGCCACCGCUUUGGCCCGGGGUUGUCCCGGGGACGUAACCCUGCUGCGGCCGACCCAGAUCGCGACGGUGCCGCUCAUACUGGACAGGCUCGUCAAGGGCAUCAGCGACGCGGCCGCUUCCAAAGGAGCGAUGUUCAAGGCCUUCUUCGACUACGCAGUGGAAUACAAGAACUUCUGGAUAAACCGCGGCUUCGAUACUCCCAUUCUAAACCGGCUGAUCUUCAAGAAGACCAGCGCGAUCCUCGGCGGCAACGUCAAGGCCGUCGCGUGCGGAUCGGCACCGCUGUCAGCGCAUACGCGCCGCUACCUUCAGGUCUGUCUGUGCUGCCCCGUCGCCGAAGGUUACGGCCUCACUGAGACCGCUGGCGCGGCUACCAUCAUGGACGCCGAAGAGGUGAGGGAGAACAGCGUCGGAGGGCCGCUGCCCAAGUGCUACAUCCGCCUGGUCGACUGGGAAGAAGGAAACUACAGCGUCUCGGACAAGCCUAACCCUCGCGGAGAGAUCCUCGUCGGCGGACCGGGAGUCGCCAAGGGCUACUUCAAGAACGAAGAACUGACCCGGGAGUCGUUCCGCGAGGAGAGCGGCAUCCGUUGGUUCUACACCGGAGACGUGGGCGAGAUCUUUCCGGACGGCACGCUCAAGAUCAUCGACCGCAAGAAGGACCUGGUCAAGCUGCAGUACGGCGAGUACGUCUCGCUGGGCCGCGUCGAAACGAUCCUAAAGACGUGUCCGCUCGUCGACAACAUGUUCGCGUACGGCAGCUCCCUGCACACGUACCUGGUUGCGUUCGUGACGCCCAACUACAAGCAGAUACUGCGACUGGGCAUGCAACACGGCAAAAAGGAGAACGCCACUCUGAAGGAGCUCUGCGAGGACGGCGACGUCUCGAAGGCCGCCGUGGACUUGAUCCUGGCGUUCGCGAGAGCCAGCGGACUUCAGAAGACGGAAGUGCCGCUCAAGAUCAAACUCUGCCCCGAGGAGUGGAUGCCCGACUCGGGACUGGUCACGCCCACGCUAAAGCUUCGCAGAAAGCCACUUCAGAUGCAUUACCAGCGGGACAUCGACGAGAUGUACAGGCCGGCGGAGGACACCAGGCUGGUGUGAAUGUGCGUUUGAUUCCGGACGGCAAAAGCUGUGGUCCAAACCGUGAAGUACAAAGUGCCUCGAUGGUAUAUGUGUGUGUGUGUGUGUGUGUGUGUGUGUGUGUGUUUUUGUUUUUUGUUUUUUGCGCGGUAAACGGUAUGUUGUUUAUUUCUAAAAAAACGAAACAGGAGACAUCAUUUUACCACGCCGCGGACUGAAUAAAUCGUUUUCCACUGGCGGAUUAAAAAGUGAUUUAGUGUUGCUAGUUACGUUUCGUGUACAUAGUCCAAAGUCGCAUUGGGUAGUGUUGUUAAAAAAGUGUCCUCCAAGUAAAAGUUCCGUAGUUCCAGUGCAUUGCCCAAGCUAUUUGUUGUAUGUAUUUCAUGGAUAAACAUUCUACUUCAAAGGUA